UACUUACUCACAUAGAUAUAGCAACUUGCAUGCUGAAUAAUCCAUAGAUAUAAGAGAUAAUAUGCCUUCAGAUGAUGCCUAAAUUUGCCAUACUAUGUCCCCACAGGUAGAUUAUUGAACAUGGCAGAGGCUAGUUAUGAUGAAUAUGAAGAAAACCAAAUGAAUUUACGAGCUGCACUGGCGUCGUUAGGCCCAUCACUAGGGGUAGGAUGCCCAUAUCUUCCUCCCAGGCACCUACUAGAUCCUGCAGAGGGGCCAAGCAGUGCACCUUCGGGUUGGAGCAAACCUAUGAUGACACCCAGCAGGCAGCCUGAUGAUCAACCACCAUUACCUACUGGGAAGCCACUGUCCAUCUCGUCAUCACCGGGGAACCUCAGUAUCGAUUUCGGCCCAACCAGCACCCCUGCCAGUCCUGAGAAUUCCGAGGAUCGACGACCACCGUCACCCCACCAAUAUAAUUAUCCACCACCACCCAUUCCAGGCGUACUGGCUAUGUUCGUGGUCAUAGCAGAUGACAUAAAGCUUGAUCUUGCCGAAGCUCAUCAUGUUGCAAAGUUCUUGGCUCAUCCGCUGGAGUCCUAUGAUACCAACGCUGACCUUAAGCCUGAAAUCACCUCUAUGACCACAUCAGUUUAUGCCCAAUUCAUGAAGGGUCUGGCGCACCCCGAGCCACGUCGGUCCUUUGAACGGAUGCGCCGCACCAUGUACAAACGCAAAGUAAAGGCUGGGAAUCGGCAGCUGACCCGAGACAAUCUGGAACUGAGGCAGCAACUUCGGGAUGCACAGCAGACCAUUAUCAACUUACAAGAGCAGGUGGUGCAACUUCGAGAUGCACAGCAGACCAUUAUCGACCUACAAGAGCAAGUGAUGCAGCUGACCGCUGAUCUGCAGCAUAUGGCUCCCUAUACCCAGGGGGGCCCGAACGGAGGGCAGAAUUAUGGACAGAAUUAUGGAGGCUAUUAUUAUUAUUAAUAUAUCAACUUCAACGCCAUAACUGGAUAUAAGGACAAUGCUGAUUAUUGAUGAUUAUGCAUACCUUUGUUAAACAUAUUGUAUACUUUAUGUGACAGUACAAUUACUGUGCAGGAGAGUGCCAUAUGGUUACUCCUAUGUUGGUUGUAAUGACGGUCCUUUGACCAUUAGAAGAUGUGUUUGCCUGGCAUAGUCCGGGCCUGA